AUGACGAGCCAUCUCUUCGCCGGUGCAGUCGGGGGCGUGGUUAUCCCCUUAGCCACGACAGAGACUUGUCGGCAGGUCCAUAUAAUGCAGGAGCUCGCGACCGUUCGAUAUCAUCUCAUGAUACUCGGUGCGGCAAUCGCCCCCCAGAGUCGGAUAACAACUCUCGACCGAGAAGCAGAAUUCCCGUUGCAUGGUGACCUCGGCACUGGUCUUCCAUGCUCGAACUGUAAGGGCGCUGGUGUUGACAGCUGUCAGUUCUUAAGAGUGUCGUCAACCGAGGCACAAAUGAAGAACGACCCCUUUGACUUCAAUGGCUUCGAGCCUCCGUCUGCACCUCCCCGGCUUCAGUGUCGCAUCGUGCCUUACGGAGCGACCGCCAGUUAUAUGCCGCCAGCCCCAGCGUCCGCGGAUGGGUUCUAUUCACGAAACAACCCCAUAUCCUCGUAUCAAUACCCGCCAACUAGAUACUACGGGGUCCCACCAUACAGCGAAUUCGCGGAUGAAAACGUAGAUUAUGGGCUUCAGGGUGGUUCUUUCUCCCUCUUGGGUUCUGACCAACUCUUAUCGUCUAGUUUUCCAUCAACUUCAAGCAGAGGAUGGGCUGCCCCUCCACUGGUGUCUAGGAGUGGUCCCGUCAGUCCGGUCUACCUAGAACAGGAAGCAGCUUAUAAUCAUGGACAAGUCUCGUACCAUAACAACGGCUACCCAGUUCGGCCAACCAUCAGCCCGGAAGCUAGGAAUUCGUCUAUCUGCGGGCAAGCCGUAAACAGCUCUCUACCUACCCCCGUCAGCGGAACGGAUCGAGUGCUUCCAAUCCCAGCCUCGAACCGCCCUACGCAUAUGAACUCAUACCUCCGAGGUGCAAAUGGUCUCCCGGCAGCAUCCCAAGCAGGCUAUCAACCCUACGAGGGGUUGAUUAACACCAGCAACUUGAACACCGCCAAGAACAUAAACAGCAGUGCUAUCGUCGACAACAGCUCGAGCUCGGCGUCGUACCUCCCCUAUUCAAGCACGAGCCCCGAAUCUCUCGCCUCUCAACCGGCGUAUAGCUCUCAAAGCACCCCGCAACAGCAAAACGACCUGUUCACCGCAAAUAACGAGGGUCUUUUCCAAGCCAGCGAAUCUUCGGAGUUGUCCUACGGCCCGAGCAGCAGUGACAAGAGAGGUUCAGUGAGCAGCCAGAAUAAUACCACAUCCGAUAGGCCCUUGCAGACACUAUCAAAUAACAACUUGGCAAACGGACAUGCGUACAUCCCCUACCACCACCAACCAAGCUAUCCCGCUCCGCCCGCUGCUACUUCUACCUCGUCUCUCCCUGUUCCCCCUCGUCGCGUCUCACCUAGUAUUUCCGCCACAUGA